UAGUGUGAAGAGAGAGAUAACAGAGAAGAGAGAGAUGAAACCGAUUGACGGUUACAAUCGGCAUCAAAUUCAUCAUCCUCCAAUAUUCAUGCCAAUUCUCUGUUCUAGAUCUUCAAUCAAAGACGUUCGUCUUCCCAAAUGGCAACGGAAAUCAUCUCAAACAGAUCCUAAUUCUUCUCCCAAAGUCGGUUGUAUGGGACAAGUCAAGCGAAGUAACAGAGUCAUCGGUUUCCCGAUUCCAUAUCUAUUAUCUUCUUCUUCUUCAUCCAUCGCCUCUAACGUCAAGUAUGAGAAGCUCAAAAGGAUAUUUUCCGGUAAGAGCGUUCCGAACGGUGAGAGAAAGGUUCAAAGUGCGAGAGAGACUAUUCAUAAUGUGAAGAUCGGCCGGAAUUGUGCUCCGGCGGCGGCGCCGCCUGUUAAUGUAUGCGAAAUGGAUCCGCCGUUGCCGGUGGUGAUUCUUAAGAAGGAAGAAAUCGGCAGCGAAGAAGAUGUUAGCCUUUGGAAGAGGAGAUCCGGUGGAAUUGCAUUGAAGAGUUUGGUGGUGCAGCAACAGGUUAAUCCAAAUUCACUGUCUUUUCAACCAAGAACUGUAUGAAUUCAAUUAAGUUUUGACAUAGUAAAUAAUAUUAUAAUAAAUAAAUUUAUUUAUUUUACUUGUAUUUUCCAUUUCAGACAAUAAUAAUAAUAAACAAUCUGAAUUUUACUUU